GCCAUUUUAGUUGCGUGUUGUCAUCUCUCAGCUAAUGUCGCAUUGAAAAAAUUUUCAAUUUACGAAAAAGCUAAUAAAAAGUUUUACAAACGCUUAAAAAAUACCAAAUUUUGCAAAUAUAUUGAUUAAUUUAACGAUUUCAAAAACAUUAAUCUUUCUACGAAGUAUUUAAGCCAAUAAAAACGGGCGUGAAAAUACCAUAUUAUACAUUUUUUUCUUUCGAAAGAAGUGAGAGAAGCAAGAAACAAUAUUUUUAUUAACAGAACCAGCCUAUCUUUUGAAGGGGAGCAAGCAGUGAGAAGAAGAAAAAUUCCCAGGCAGGUUUAAUAUUUUUCUUCAAGUAUUUAUUACGGAAAAAUUAUAAACAUUUUAUAUUGUGUUUUGUGUUUUUUUUCCAACAUUUAUUAUUAUUUAAACGCAGCUAAAUUUAUAAUUUACAUAUAAAAUUUGAAUUGUAAAUUGUGGAAAUUUAAGAAGAUACUAACGCAACUGAAUAUUAAAUAAAGCAGGAAACCUCAUAAUAGAAAAAAAAAAAAUAAAUAAAAAAACAUUGAACUUUUUUAUUUUACUGGGACAUGUCAUGUCAGCAAGCAUCAAGAUUUAUAACAAACAGCAGCAACAUCAACCACAACAACACCCACAGCAACAGAAACAACCAUAACAACAGCAAUUGUAAAAAUUUAAAUAACCUCAGCAACAACAGCAGUAACAACAUUAUUAAAGGAAAUCGUAACACACGAGGAGUAAUAGUACAACAAGAAGAUCCGUAUGUGUUCACAGAAUCAGUGCCAACAACACCACCCAUAUUAUUUAAUACACAGAAAACGCGUACCAGAUUAAAUGAUCUGACAUCUGCAACAACUUUAAGUAUUGGAAAAUUGCAACAACAGCAACAAAAAUUACCUUUAACUGAAACAAAUGGAAAGAUAACAACAAAUUCAUUAAAGACGCAGGCGUCUUUUCUAUCAUCAUCAACAUCAACCGCAUCAUUAAUAACAACAACAAAUACUUGCACAGCACCCACAUCUAAAACUAAUGUAAUACAAUCUCUAACAAUAACUGCAACAAAUAAUAACAACAACAGCAGCAGUAAUAGUAAAAAACUAACAAAUGUUUGUAUUGUAAGACCACAAUUACAACAACAGCAGCCAAAUUAUCACCAUCAUCAGCAACAACAACAUCAAAACUAUGCUAAUGCAACAUCAUUACCAUCAUCUGUGUAUGAAGGAGAUUUAAAAUCUAUAUCACCACCACCGUUGUAUACUCCGCCAACACCAUCAUUAUGGCAAACACCAUUACUCUUGGAAUCCCCGGCUCCACAAGUGACCAAUGUAGUGGUGUCACCAAAACCCACAAUAACAACGACGACAACAACAUCUCAAACUACACCCAUUAUGGGUUGUGUAACGCCAACGGUGCAAACUGUUGGCAGCACUACCACCAUAAUGAAUCCCUCACUGACUACAACUGCCAUGGCUAAGGUAGCUCCAAUAAUUGUACAUACUUCGUUUGCACAGUCGCAUACUCCACCACCACCACCAUCUCCUGCUCAAUCGCCUAAUCAACAACAGUGUCUGCCUCCAUCGAAAUUUCAUAAUCAUACAUUGGCUCAGCAUUUACACAAGGUGGAAUGUUUAAAAAAAUCGAAAAAAUCAACGGAUGCUGAAGUGAUAAUUUGCAAUGACAAUGUCAAAGCAAUUACUGAAGCAGCUUCUUCCCCAUUUAAUACCCCCACAAAGGCAGCUUCUUUAAAAACAUUGGACAUGGCGGGUGGUGGUGUAGCAGUUAAACAUUCCGAAACAGAAGAUUUAAAUGAAAUACCGGUAAAUGUCAUAUUUCGUAUGGCUAUGGUACCGCAACAGAAUGAGAAAUCUUCGAAUAAUAUACAAUUUGUGAAACCACAAACUGAUAUAGAUCUACUACAGCCAUCUCAAACACCCCCACCACCACCACCACCCUCAUCACCACUAUCCACACAACUCAAAACAAAUGUGAAUAAGAAAUUGUCAAUACCCGCCUCGAAAACAAUUGCAACAAAUCAAGUUAUAAAACAGCAACAACAACAACAACAACAGAUCAAUACGUCUUCCAUACAAAACAAUGAAACAACUACAGCUUUAAAUUCUCAACAACAACAAACGCCAAACAACAAAGCUGCUACAACAGCAGCAGCAAAUGAUGAUUCUAAAAUCACAACAAAUUCAGAAAGUUUAACAAAAAUCAUCAAUGGCGACACAACUCCAACAACAAAUUUAAAAACAAAAACUUCAACGCACAUUACAAAUAAAACCCGCAAAACGAAUAAUACAUUAAACACAACAGCAACAAUAAAUCUCAAUUAUGAUUUACCCUACAAUUUGCAAAUGGGUUGUAGCACAACUAAAGGUGCCGUGGCCAUUGUUAAAAUGUCCCAACAUCAUGUUGAUUUGGAUACAACACACUUAGCAACCGCCACUGGCUUACCCUAUUGUCUGCAACAGUAUUGGCUUAAUUCAUAUGAUUUGCGUAAAUCUUCUGAUUUGUUGUCAAUGGACGACAAGUCGUUAAAUCGUUCGUUAGCCCGUGAGGAGCGUAUUGCAUUGUAUAAACGUCAGUUGCGUCGACAAGCUAUGCAACUCAUCUCUACAAGAUCUCUGCAAAAAUUACCAAUACAGAUAGCAAGACGUCGCCUAAUGUGUGUCGAUCGUUUGCUGAGAAAAUAUCAACAUAGUGAACAAAAUAAAAAAGAACUACCCGCCAAUGUUAAACGCUGUUGCGUAAAUGGUUGUGAUGCCUAUACCCUGGAAAUGGCCUCACACUGCCAACAACAUAUCGUUUAUAAUUCAGCCCAACAUGUAUUCUUGCCGUGUACCGCCAAAUUUGCCGAUAAUACACAAUGUAGAGUACCAGUAUUUGAUAUAACUCAUGAUUUGCCCUUGUGCAUGGAACAUGCACGCAAACGUGAUGCUUACAAUCGUCUUUUAUAUGAACAAAGACCACGUAAAAUCUCUACAAAUCCCCAUAUUAUGAAUGAAUCAAAACUGUCAGCCAACAUUAGCAGCAACAUCAAUACAGUAAUGGUCGGGGGAGCAAACGUAGCAGAAGCAGGGGGUGUUUUAGUAAAAGCCCAAACUCAAUAUCAACAAAAACAGAAGCUGCAGAAACAACAACAGAAGCAGCAACAACAUAUAUUACAACAAUUACCAGCUAACAAUAACAGCAACAAUGGUAAACGACCAAUAUUAGUUAAUCAAGCAGCACGUAAACGUAAAAUGACUGUUGGUUUAACUGGCAAUCCAGUGGGUAGACCACAAAAACGUGUUAAGAAAUCUAUUGAAAAAUCAGCAGCUGUACCGGUAAUACAUCAACAAAUGCCACGUUUAACAGCGACUAGUUUGAAACGUAAAAGUAGUACGACAUCUUUAGAAUCUAUAGCCAGCAAUUCACAACAUUCAACAACAUCAAGUACCUCGCAACAACAACCACAACAACAAUAUCAACGUCAGCAGUCACAGCAACUGCAACUGCAAAACUUAUAUGGCUUAACCUCAUCUACAACAACAAAUUCAUCUUUACCACCACCAGCUUUAGCACCUCUUAGCGGUUUGGUGGGUCAUGGUUUUCCUCAACAUUUGUUUAGUUUUGGUCAUGAUAACUAUCAUCAUCAAAAUCACACUCAGCAACAGCAUCAGCAACAACUUCAUCCCAUUCUUAAUCUAAAUGAUAAACAUUCCUUCUCCCUCACCACAAGCAACACGAACACCGCUACUCCUGCCACAACCGCCUCCACACCAACCGAACUAAAGGAUUUCAUUUCUCAGUUUUCCUUGGCUGCUCAAAAGCAGGCACAGGCCGACUCCUCAAACGAUGUUAAUUUGUUGAACACCAACUCCAAUUCAAAUUUCACCUCUUCGGGUAUGGGUUCGACAACUUCAUUGCCAACGGCCGAUGAUUUUCUUACUCAGGAUAUGUUGAGUAUAUGUGAAAAUAGUUCAGCCAGUUCGGCGGAUACUGGUUUGGGUGGUUUAAGUGAUCCCGAAUUAAUGUUGGGCGGUCCAGAAGAUGAUAUUCCCUUGGGCGAUACCCACUUGCUGGAGGAACAUGAUUUGGAGAAUGUUUUAAAUUCCCUGCCAGAAGAUGCAUUUAAAGAAUUAUUUACAACAGUCCAUCAAGAUGAAAGUGAUGAAAUCGAACGAGCCAUCGAACUUGCCGACAAACAUUUGAAAACCUUACAACAAACUAUUGGUUCGGAAUUGGGUGAUUUUCUCGAUUUCAACGACGACAUGUUAAUGGACAAUGGCGAUCUUUGUAAUGGAUCAACAGCCAAUAAUAUAUUGGAUACAACAGCUUUAUUUAUCGGAAGUGGAGGAGGUGGUGUAGCAGUAGGAGCCUCAAUAGGCUCAUUAGCCUCAAACUCAACGCAAGGUGGUGGAGGAGCCGUGAUAGGAACAGCAGAUAUUAGAGGUUUAGUGCAAACGUAAAUUAAAGUUAACAUAAAAAAACAAAAUGAACUAAAGUAGAAGUUUUGAAGAGAAGAAAUUUUAUUUUAUAGUUUGCCUGGUGAGAAAUUCUUAUUUUUAAAUUAAACUAUUAUUAUAAUUUAAAGAAACAACAACAAAUUUUUAAGUUUAAUUAAUUAAUUUUAUUAUUAUUAAAAAAAAAAACCCAUAACAUACAU